ACCUGUGUACCCUCAGGGCCAGCCAACUGUCAGAGGUCAGAGUCCAUUCCUAUGAGAAGAAUAUCUGAAUGGCACAGGUGGCAGAGAACCACAACUGAUCAAGGCCACUGUGUGAAACGGGGUCAGCUUGAAGGACCACUGAGGUCACACCCCGAAGGAAGUAUGAAGAUAUGGUUUUGGAAUGCAAGAUCAGGGAACCUGCCCUUUGGCCCUUGACACAAGGCACAGUUUCGAUCCUGAAAGCGAGCAGCCAUCCAAUGUGGAACAAUGGCGCUGAGCCACUCGGUGAAGGAGCGAACGAUUUCUGAGAACAGCCUGAUCAUCCUGUUGCAGGGCCUCCAAGGCCAAAUAACCACUGUGGACCUUCGGGAUGAGAGUGUGGCCCGAGGACGCAUUGACAACGUGGAUGCUUUCAUGAAUAUCCGCCUGGCCAAUGUCACCUAUACCGACCGCUGGGGACAUCGGGUUGAGUUGGAUGAUCUUUUUGUGACAGGUCGUAAUGUCCGAUACGUCCAUAUCCCAGAUGGUGUGGACAUCACUGCUACUAUUGAGCAGCAGCUGCAGAUCAUCCACCGUGUGCGCAACUUUGGUGGCAAGGGUCAAGGUCGUCGAGAGUUCCCCUCCAAAAGGCCAUGAGACUGUGUCCUCCUUAAAGUUCCAGCACCACCUCAGGGACCUCCGGUGUUCUGAGCCAACUCCUGGCCAUCCUUCCCCACCAGUAACAGACAUGUCACAGCGGCCUUUCAUAGGGUUCCACUUUUCAGACACACCCUGGGUCCCAGAAUUCCUUCUGCUGGUGGCCUUGGGGUAGGUGACAAUCCCUCUUUUGGAUCAUUUGUAUCUGGAAUCUCCAUUCACUGAUUGACCCCAUCCGUCAAGGAGUCGUCAACUCUGGCAGUGAGGACUACUGAGAGUGUUUGGAGUGAAUCACCUCUAACGUCCCGUUUCUUUUGGCAUUUGUUUCUUUUCUCAUAAAACCAAACUUGGACACACA